AGUGAGAUUUAAGUGGCCAGAGAGUCAGGUCAUAAAGGGAGAGGAGGUUUUAGAGUCAUACAUUUUGUGUAAAAACUUAUCCUCAUAUAAGCCACUGCAAUUGCCUUUACAUUCUCCUCCACCCACCCCACUUCACAUAAUCCUCAAAAAUCCAAUCAAAUUUCGUGCCUUCAUCUCAAUUCCCAUCUCCCAUUUUGAUCAAUUUCUCUUCUUCUUCUUCUUUUUCAAACCCAGCCAUGGCUGCUGCAGUAACUGCUGCAGUAUCUCUUCCUUCUUCCAAAUCCUCAUCUCUCCCCUCCAGAACCUUCAUCAUCUCUCCUGAAAGAAUCACCUUCAAGAAGGUUGCUCUUCAGCACAGAGAUGGAGGAGUGAGAGUGUCAGCGCCCAUUAGAGCUCAGGUUACAACUGAGGCGCCGGCUAAGGUUGUGAAAGAGUCCAAGAAGCAGGACGAAGGAGUGGUGACUAACAAGUACAAACCUAAGGAACCCUAUGUUGGGAGGUGCCUUCUGAAUACCAAGAUCACUGGUGAUGAUGCUCCUGGAGAAACUUGGCACAUGGUCUUCAGCACUGAAGGAGAGGUUCCCUACAGAGAAGGGCAGUCCAUUGGGGUGAUUGCAGAUGGUGUUGACAAGAACGGGAAGCCUCACAAACUGAGGUUGUAUUCAAUUGCCAGCAGUGCUCUUGGUGAUUUUGGAGAUUCCAAGACUGUUUCUCUGUGUGUGAAACGACUUGUUUACACAAAUGAGCAAGGAGAAAUCGUCAAAGGAGUUUGCUCAAAUUUCUUGUGUGACUUGAAACCUGGGGCUGAAGUAAAGAUUACAGGACCUGUUGGGAAAGAAAUGCUUAUGCCAAAAGAUCCCAAUGCCACAAUCAUUAUGCUUGCGACAGGAACUGGUAUUGCCCCUUUCCGGUCAUUUUUGUGGAAAAUGUUCUUUGAGAAGCAUGAAGAUUACAAGUUCAAUGGUUUGGGAUGGCUGUUCUUGGGUGUCCCAACAAGCAGUUCUCUGCUUUACAAGGAGGAAUUUGAGAAGAUGAAGGAGAAGUAUCCUGACAACUUCAGGCUUGACUUCGCUGUGAGCAGAGAGCAAACUAACGAAAAGGGAGAAAAGAUGUAUAUUCAAACCAGGAUGGCUCAGUAUGCAGAAGAGCUAUGGGAGUUACUCAAGAAGGAUAGCACCUAUGUUUACAUGUGUGGAUUGAAGGGGAUGGAGAAGGGAAUUGAUGACAUAAUGGUCUCUUUGGCUGCUAAAGACGGCAUUAAUUGGAUUGAUUACAAAAAGCAGUUGAAGAAAAGUGAGCAAUGGAAUGUGGAAGUGUAUUAAAGAACUCUGGAUUUCUUGUACAAACCCCUCUUUUUCUUUUUUUGAUUUCUCAUUUUUCCAUUUGGAGGAGUUAAAUUACUCUGUAAUGAUUUUCACUGCAUGGUGUAAAUAGGUAAG